GUGGCAAGUUCAGCGAGCCACGACCCCACAGCUCCACGGUUAUCACACAGGGCUAAUUGAGGAUUUAGUGUGUGAUGGAUGUACGUAGGAAUAAUAGGAUGGAUAUAAAUGGCGAUGCUAUGAUAAAUGCAAGUGGCGAUGCCAUGACAGAGUCCUUGGAUGCAGGAGAUGAUGAAGGCGACGAGACUGAGACCAAGAGGAUAGACAAACCUUGCAGUAGAGUGGUCCACACACUGAUCAAGUUUCUGCCCAAACUCCCUAUCAUUCAGUGGCUACCCAAGUAUAGGUGUGGCACUUUCCAGGCUGACCUUAUAGCUGGUGUUACCGUAGGUCUGACGGUCAUCCCACAGUCUCUGGCACUGGCACAAGUGGCUGACCUCCCUGCUAGAUAUGGCCUCUACUCGGCAUUUGUCGGAUGUUUUGUCUACUGCCUUCUGGGAACGUCCAAAGACAUCACUCUAGGACCAACCGCCAUCUUGUCUCUGCUGACCGCGACUUUUGGCACGGCUGUGUCCCCCGUGUUACCCAGUGGGGAGAAGGAUCCGACCAUGACGAUAGUACUCACCUUCUUGACCGGCGUCAUACAGCUCGUCAUGGGCAUCUUAAAACUAGGAAUUUUGGUCAACUUCAUCUGCAACCCUGUCAUCAGUGCCUUUACCUCAGCUGCGGCUAUAACCAUAGGCAUCAGCCAGGUGAAGUCCGUUCUCGGCCUGCACAACAUUCCCAUCAACUUCCUACCGAUGGUCUACGAACUUUGUCGGAAACUCCCGGAAACAAAUAUAUGUGACAUGUUCAUGGGCCUGUCCAGUCUCGCUUCAGUGAUUUUAUUGAAAACACUUCGGGAUAUCAAGUGGAAAAAGAAGAACACGGUUCACAUAACGGAGCGGAUGUUACAUAAGGCAACAUGGCUCAUCGGAACAUCAUCCAACGCUAUUGUGGUGAUAACUGCAGCAGGCGUGGCCGCCAUCUUGGAAAGACAUGACGUCACCAACACCAUCUCGCUGACUGGCGAGAUAGCUCAAGGUUUGCCGCCCUUCGCAGCCCCGAGUUUUGAGAUCAACCAAGGGAACAUAACCAUGUCGAGCGGCGAGCUAUUGGGAAGUCUCGGGGCAGGUAUCGGUAUUGUCCCAUUGUUGGCGGUUGUGGAGUCUAUGGCAGUUGGCAAGGCUUUUGCCCGGGUCAACGGUUACAAGCUUGACCCGUCCCAGGAACUGAUAGCCAUCGGGGCAUCUAACCUUCUCGGCUCUUUCUGCUCAGCCUAUGCUGUCACGGGGAGCUUUGCAAGGACAGCACUGAACUCCCAGAGCGGCGUGAAGACACCCAUGGGCGGGAUAUGGACUGGCGGGCUGGUGAUCCUGGCCCUGUGUGUACUAACCCCAUGGUUUUACUACAUCCCAAAGUCAGCUCUCGCAGCCGUUAUCAUCGCAGCCGUGCUGCAGAUGGUGGAGUUUCAUGUGGUCAUUCAACUGUGGAGGGCCAACAAGAAAGAUUUCUGCUUGCACCUGGUGACGUUUGCUUCGUCACUUCUUGUAGGGAUUCAGUACGGGAUACUUCUCGGUGUUGGUCUGUCCAUUGUGUUACUGCUGUACCACAAUGCUCGACCGGAGGUCAAGUUCCAGCAAGUUGACGAGGUUUUAGUGGUGACCCCACAGCACGGCCUGUUCUUUCCGGCAGCUGAGUACCUGGAGACAUUGACCCUUGAGAGGGCACUGUCAGGAGAGAAAACUAGACACGUUGUGAUGGACAUGCGUCAUCUGUCAGAGCUGGACUACACGGGCGUCCAGUCUAUGCAGGACCUGAUGCUGGACUGUACAAAACAUGAGAUGACGCAUGUCAUGGUUAGAGUUAAGCCCCACCUCAUCAGACAGCUAAAGCGAGCCGACGUGAAGAAUGUCGUUGUUAUGAAAACUGUUGCAGACGUGAUCAAGAAGCUGACAAGAGGUAUGUCUAAUGACACGACUUUAGCCUGCCGCUAGACACAACACUACUCAG